AAUAUUAUGGACUUCACUUGGGCAGAGCUCUAUUUCGUGACAGCUUUCUUGAAGCUAUUCUUGUUUCACUCCUACCAUUCUACUGAUUUUGAGGUGCACAGAAAUUGGUUGGCUAUCACUAACUCCCUGCCAACCGAUCAGUGGUAUUAUGAAAAGACCUCUCAGUGGACUCUGGACUACCCGCCCUUAUUUGCAUGGUUCCAGUACAUCCUAUCCCUGGUAGCCGGUCUGUUCGAUCCCAACAUGUUGGUAAUCUCAGAGGCUCCGUACUUCAAUCAUCUCACCCUUCUGUUUCAGAGACUAAGUGUGAUAGUAUCCGACAUUGUGCUCUGUUUUGCCUGUUCCAAGGCUUCCAGGUACGUGCAUACUGUUAGUGGUGGCAAGUUCAGUGACAGGAAUGUGAAAAUGAUGCUGACAGUGUGUUACCUGGGGUGUGCGGGGCUGCUUAUAGUGGAUCACAUCCACUUCCAGUAUAACGGCUUCCUGUCCGGGAUAUUCCUCCUGUCACUGGUUAGUGUAGCAGAGGGAGAUAUGGUCCUAGGAGGUUUCUACUUCUCACUACUUCUCAACCUCAAACACAUUUACCUGUAUGUGGCUCCUGUUUAUUUCGUGUAUAUGCUCAGAGCCCACAUGUUUCACAACAACAAGUUUCUAGGACUGGAUCUGAUGGGACUAGUGAAAUUGGGCGGUUGCGUUAUUGCGGUUUUUGGCGCUUCUUUUGGUCCAUUCCUCAACCAUCUGCCCCAGAUCUUGUCCCGACUGUUUCCUGUGCAUCGUGGACUUUGUCACGCAUACUGGGCCCCUAACUUCUGGUCACUUUACAACCUACUGGACAUCAGCCUCAGUAAGGCAUUUCAAAUCCUCGGUAUUCUCCCAAAAUCAGGCGUCCACCCGCUCAUGUCUGGUCUGGUGCAACAAGCGGACUUCUUGAUUUUACCGAACGUGUCUCCUGCACACUGUGCUACACUUACCCUGGUAACACUGACUCCAGCUCUAGUGAAGCUCUUCAAACAUCCCUCUCCGCUACUCUUCUUGAGAAGUGUCACAGCUGCUGCCUUCACUUCCUUCUUCCUGGGGUACCACGUCCACGAGAAAGCUAUCCUCGUCAUACUGAUACCCUACGCUUUGCUUGUCUUUUCAAAUCUUCAGAGUGGCAAGGACUUUCUCUUUUUGUCGUUUCUUGGAACUUACUCGCUUUUUCCCUUGCUGUUUGAAGCUCAAGAGUUCUUAGUGAAAAUUGUUAUUCUGCUCAUGAUACACAGUUUCAUGUUUGUGACUCUCCGCAAACUAUAUCCAGAAUUUAAGCUGGACAUGUUUGAAAAGUUGUACUUGUAUGGACUUGUAGGUCACUUCGCUGUGGCCGAAGUAAUUCUGCCAAUAUUCCUACCUCGUUUAGAGUUUUUACCACUCUUACUUUACUCGGCGUAUUGUUCCGGCGGUACAUUGUAUAGCUAUUAUAAACUUUUAGCCUCAGUUUGAGAAUUUUCUUAAUUGGCUUGUGUAUACAGGGUAUUUAACGUAUUUUGCAGAUAAGUUUUAGUAUUUAACCAUCCUGAUUCCUGAUCCUUCUUUUUAAAUCAUCUCCAUAACACUUUGCAUUUAUGUCCAGAUCGAAAUCUAUUGACAGUUUAAUUUUUACGACGAUACAUUUUCUUUGUGCUAAUUAUUAGUUGCCGGCUUACAAAUUGUUAAUUGACGUUUCAAUAUUUUAUCAGAUCAAUGUUGUUAAUUUUAUUGUAGUGGGUUUCUAGCUAUUUAUUUAAGCCAUUAAUUAU